AUUGAUCACAGGUGAGGCUGUAAUCUAGGAUCGGGUGCAUCAUAUGACAAGGCGACAAGACUUUUGUCUUUGCAAAAACUGACUCAGUGGGCUUUACCAAGCUGUGAACGUUAGAAUGCUUUUCAGCAGUUUCGUUUCGCACCAAAACAUUAUUUCAAAAGCUGUUGGGAUUGAAAUUAGCCAUUUCUUGUAAAAAAAAAAAAAUUGAUUACAAAUAUAUUUGAGGGGCACUUAAGGUCAACUUGUACCCAAGCGACAAGACUUUUGUCAGGGACUGUACAUAUAUAUAUAUUGUUACCUGUAAUCUGUACAUAAAACACUGGACAUAAACCCUUCUGACUCGUGUUGUUUUGGACUCUGACUGACUGAUAAUUAACCAAAUAAUUCUACAGUGAAAUCCAGAUUUAGCUAAAGAUGAAACAAAGCUUGUUUGUUUCUCAUACUCACAAAGUAUUUUUAAGUUUAACUUUGUUAAAAUGGCGAAUGUUUCCACUUCUUAUCGCAGCCUCUGGUGGAGCUGAUUCCUCUCAGAAUAUGUAGUUUUAUAUGUAAGUAAAGUCAUAUUUUCACAAAAACGGAUAAAAAAGAAACAUCAACAAAAUAUGAAAGUGAGGUUUGCAACUUUUUUACUUUUGUUCCUAGAAAUGAAGUGUGACGUAAAGUUAGAGAGAGAGGAACAAAGAGAGAGAGAGAGGAGGGGAGGAAGGAAGGAAGGAAAGAGGUGUGGAGGACUAAAAGUAGCUCCGACCAACUGAAACAAAACAGUUUGACUUUUAACUUGAAUAGAAGAGUCGACUCCAAACCUAAAAUAACGUAAUCGUGAGAAAAUAACUUGAUAUGUUGAGACGACGUUAAGUAAUUAAUAUCUUUACAGGUUUUAAUACUGAACAUUAUCAACUAUGCUGCUCUACUUUUCUGUUUUCUAAGACUUCAUGAGAUGUGAAGUUCAACACUAAUAAUUAUGUGUUAACGUUAGUGAACAAUUAAUCAUUUUUAUACAAUUUGUUUUGGCUUGUGGGUAAAAAAAGCUAAAACUAUUAGCUUAAAGUGGCUAAAAGUUAUAUUUUGGUGUUGAUUGUCACUAUCACUCAAAGUCAAUUAGUUCAACAAUAAUAAUAAACAUUUGUACUUUUUAAUGCUUCUUCAGAAAAAUUAUUGCAAAAAAAUUGGGAUUUAAUGUGGAGAAAAAACUAAAUUUACAGCCUAAAAGAGAUGAAUCCACAUCAAGAAGACGUCUCUGUCACAAAAAGAAGAAGAUGAAACUUUGAGGUUCUCGUCUCAACAAACGCUCGUCUCUAUUUUUAACAUUUAGAGCGUCUGGAUGAGCUAUUUAUAGCCUCCAUCACAGCAGCGUUUGGUGGUUUCGUGUCUUCACAGCGACUCUCAGAGCUGUCGGGUCAAUUGAGGAAGUCCGUUAAGUGACUCCCAAACCUCGACACUAUAGAGUCUGAACCGAGAGACAGACAGGAAGAGAGAGACAGACAGGGCGGGGGGGAGUCCAGAGAAAAGGGAGGACAGACUGAGAGGGAGGUCUGAGUUGAGGAUGGACACGAGACGGAGAUGAGACCACGGGAAAUGAGAACUUUCCAAAAGAGAUUUAUUGUUUUCCAGCUGUUUCGUUCCCAAACUUCUUCCGGAUUCUUCUGAAGCCCUCAGAGACAGAACUAAGGAAUACCUUCUGCCUCCAUUGGUGAAUACGAACGCUGGUCUUCCGCCUCGGCCUCAGGAUUAUGGUGGCGUUUGUUCCGUGUGAGGACCUGACGGAGGAUCAAACAUGCUGAAGUGUAAAGUUCUCAGUUGUCUCUGGUUCACGUCGCUGCUGCUCCGGGAUCCGAGCAGUGCAGCUCCCACAGAGGCCGAGUCCAUCAAAUGCAGCAUCUCUGUGUCUGAACCAGUAUCCGGUCUGGACUCCAUCUCUCUGACCGUCAGCACACCUGGACCCAACUGCUCCUUCUGCGUCUCAUCUCAGGACGCCGGAGCCAACGGCGCUGAGUGUAGAGGAAGAAGACGAGAAGGAGACAAGGAGGAGACAGAGACUAAUGAGAUCAGAGGAAGGGAGCGAGGAGAGGAGGAGGUGAAGGAGAAGACGGGAGCUAACUAUCUGGGAACAAACCAGCUAGGAGUCGAGGAUGGAGGGGACAAGGAGGGAGGAGAGGUUUACACCUGCGUGCUGGAUCAUCUGGAGCCUGGAACCGCCUACCAGCUGGAGAUCCAGUCCCAGAGGGACCAGGAGACGGCAAAUGUCACCCUGCACACCAAGCCGUCGGCGGUGAGCGGCCUGGCCGUGACCUCCAGGACCUGCAGCAGCCUGGGCCUUUCCUGGCAGGCCGGUCGGGGAAGAACGCAGCGCUUCAGGCUGCAGCUGUGGGAUGAAACUGGUCUGCUGAGGAACGAGACGUUGGAGAGCACGGCGACGCAGCACACACUCCUCGGCCUGACGCCGGGCCGACUGUACAACGUUACGAUGGUGACGGAGGCUGGCGGGCUGCAGAACGACCGGACGACGGCGGCUCAGACAGUUCCCGCCACCGUCGCCAACCUCACCGCCACCGACCACGUCAACGGCACCGGCUUGUCUUUGUCGUGGCAGCGUCCCGAAGGCGACCUGGACGCCCUCGUCGUCGUCGUCCUCUCGACCAACGGGACGGCUCUCUGGGAGGCGAGGCUUCCGCCGGACGAGACGGAGGCCGUCGUCGUUGAUCAGCUGACCCCCGGCUCGGCCUAUCGGGUCGAGGUGAUGUCCAGGAGCGGUGAGCUGACGAGCCAAUCAGAACUCACCGUCAGGACAGCUCCGGCAGCGGCGGCCCUCCUCUCCUUGUCUCCUUCCUCCUCUUCCUCCGGCGGCCUCCACCUCUCUUGGUCGCCCCCCAGUGGCCGAUGGGAGAGCUACAGGCUGCUCCUCCUCGACGGCUCCCAGCAGUUAGUCAGCACCGCUCUGGACCGAGAGGCUGCCAACUUCAGCUUCCCCGGGACGGGACUAACGCCUGGAAGGCUGUACAGAGCCGUGCUGAGAGUGGAGAGCGGAGGACUGACGGCCGAGAGCAGCUGUGAGGGAGCAACAGCUCCGGCCGCCGUGUCUGAUCUCCACAUACAACACUCUGACGAGACCUCGCUCAGCGCCAUGUGGAGCCACGCCCCCUCUGGGUCACGUGACGGCUACUUCCUGACCAUUCGCCACGGUAACGUCACCGUGGAUACCAGGGAGGUGGAGCCUAACAUGAGGGAGUGCACUUUCAACGUGCUCACACCUGGGAGGAGCUACACCAUCACUGUGACAACCAGGAGCGGGAAACUCAACACCUCCGUGUCCCUGGAGGGGAGGACAGUUCCCAUGGCGCUUCGUGCCAUCAAUCUGAGUAGCUCUGGGGUCAACGGCCUCCAGGCAUUCUGGGAGAAACCACCAGGAGACGUGGACUCGUUCUCUCUGAUCCUGUUGCAGGACAGGUGUGUUUAAACAGGUGUUUAGAAACAAACCUUUAAACAUCUCAGUGUCCACCAGGGG